AUGGCUUCCGCACCACAGAUCCCACCCAUCCCUUCCUCGCCAACCUUUCAUACGACACACAGCGCUCUUGAUACCAUCAUGGCGGCUGAUUUCGAAAAGCAGAGUUACUGGCACAAGCGCUUCGCGUCCGAAGAGGCCUUUGAAUGGCUCCUCCCGUCAGCCGAGUUCACUUCAAUAAUCGAGCCCGCUCUUGACCGGCUUGAUCCGGACACGGCCCGUAUCCUCCACAUCGGCUUCGGUACAAGCGACCUUCAGAAUCACUUCCGCGCCCGGGGUUUCCGUCAUGUUUUGAACGUCGACUACGAACCACUCGCCAUUAAUCGAGGUCGCGAUCUCGAAAAGAAGGCUUUUGGAGAUGUUCAAAUGCGUUACGAUGUUCAAGACGCCACUCAGCUGAACCUGAACGAAAAGUUUGAUCUUGUCGUUGAUAAAAGUACCGUCGACGCCAUCUGCUGUGGCGGCGUAACGGCACUGCGCCGCAUGGUUGCUGGUGUUAGAGGUUGUCUUGCAGAUGGUGGUAUUUGGGUGUCAUUAAGCUUCUCGGAGUACCGGUUCAACCUUGAUGAUUUACCGUUCGACGUUGAAGUGCUCGCCAAAAUUCUCACCCCAAAACUAUCACCUAAUGAUCCGGACAUUUAUCACUGGUGUUACCUUUUACGACCAAAACACGACACACCCUUUGGUUCGCCGCAGUAUUUGAAUGACAACCCUCUCGAACAAGACUAA